AUGGCCCGCACACUGCCUCGCACGUUUACUAUCGCGCGCGCUAGACGCCCCCUAACGCUCUCUUCCAAACGCCCUUCCAGAUCCUCGCUCCACCACUCGUCGCUGCUCGUCCUCGCCGCUUUCGCGCUUUCCCUCCGCCUGCCGCUCGUGUCUGCCGCCACAUUUCAGGGUGACACGGAUGCGCUACACGAGUUUAAAGCCGCUGUCGAAAACCCGUCUGCGCUGAGCUGGCCCGACUCGGGCGGAGACCCGUGCAUCGACGGCUGGAGCCACGUCACGUGCACGCGCGACGCGAUCACGCAAGAGCACCGCAUCUCGUCGCUCCUAAUCGAUGGUCUUAACCUCGGAGGGGGCGGCUCCCCGUUCCCCACGCAGCUCGCGCGCCUAGCCUAUAUGCGCGCGCUGUUCAUCGGGAACAACGGGUUUGCGGGGGAGAUUCCGCGGGAACUGGGGGAGCUGGCGCGCAUGGAGCAGCUAGGGUUGGACCACAACGGAUUCACCAGCGCGCCGCAAGACCUGUUCGCAAAUAUGACGGCGCUCGAGGCGCUGUAUCUUCAAAGUAAUCCGCUUGGGGGACAACCUCCGCCCGAUCUAUCCGCAAACACGAAUCUUAACAUCUUGCUCCUCACCAACUGCUCCUUCACGGGUGAAUUACCCUCGUAUCUCGCGUCGCUCGUCGCGCUCACGAACGUCUCGCUCGGUCUGAACGCGUUCGACGGCGGGAUUCCCGAGGGGAUGUUCGGAGCGCACAUGCCGUCGCUGCUCUCUCUCCGACUCAACAACAACCGGCUGACCGGCCCCAUUCCCGCGUCGCUCGCCUCCGCGCCGCUCCUGUCGGAACUCUGGCUACACGGUAACGACCUCUCGGGACCGAUUCCCGACGCGCUAGGCGGGCCGUUGUCUCUGCUGCAGUCCGUGAAAGUAUACGAGAACGGCCUUGUCGGUAUGUUACCCGAGUCGCUCGGCGAGGCGCGCCAGCUAUCAGAACUGCAGGUGCAGCGGAACAAACUUGUCGGCCCGAUUCCUGCGUUCAUGGAGCGGUUCGGGGAGGGGAGCUGGGGGGAGAACGGGUGGUGCGCCGCGGGUCCAGGCGACGCGUGUUCCGACGAGGCCAUGGCGCUGCUGGAGUUUUUAAGAGGCGUCGAAUAUGCUCCUGCCCUUAGCGACUCGUGGGUUGCUAACGACCCCUGCGCUUCGGGCCCUGCGGGGAACUCGUUGGGUGACCAGUCGUCUUCUGCCACGUGGCUUGGCGUUGGGUGUUCCGCGGACGGCCAAGUUACCAGUCUCACCAUUCCCUCGCAGAAUCUGAACGGAACCAUUUCCGUGUCGCUCGCGCGGCUGCCCGCGCUGGAAAUGCUUCAGCUGCCCGACAACAAUCUCGAGGGUUCGCUGCCCGCGGAGCUCGCGCAGCUGCCCGCGCUGCGAGCCGUCAACGUGGCGAACAAUCAGCUCACCGGACCGCUGCCGGAUUUCCCGCCGCAAGUGACGGUGGUAGCGACGGGGAACAAGCUGGAAGGCGGGGGUUCCGCUGGUGGUGACGCUUCCGCCGCCGCGCCUCCGCCGUCGCCCCCGCCACCAGUGACAAACAGCAGCGGAGAGAGCGGCGGCGGCGCCAGUAGCGGCGGUAGCGGCGGUGGCAACAGCAGCAGUAGCGGAAGCAAUGCGGGGAGUGGCGGGGAGGGAAGCAACGGACAGGCAAGCGGUCCGCCGUCGUCGCCGCCUUCUGCUGCGCCGGAGGGUUCGGGAAAGAACGGCGGGAAUAGCAGCAGCAGCGGCGACGGCGGGGGAAGCAGCGCGUCUAAGAACGAGUCCGGCAGCGGUACUCCGCCCAUGAGCGAUAUCCAGAACUCCCCCGAAGGCCCUCCCGCGGACUCUCUCGGAAACUCUUCCCCCUCCACCUCUCCGCCUACCCUGCCGUCCGCUCCCCCCGCUUCUCCUUCCGACGCGACCUCCCCUCCUCCUCCAUCCGCUUCACCCAAGCGCGCCUCUCCCCCGCCCGCGGUGGAGAUCGAAGCGCCCGCUUCUGCCCUUCCCCCGCCCGUUGCGCCUCCCGCGUCUAUCCGCAGCAAUCCGGGGGGGAACGCGCGUGGUAAUCCACCCCCCGCUGACUCAAACGAUUCCGCUGCUAGCAACGGCGGCCGCGGCGGCCACGGCGGCAGCGGCGCUGGGACAAAGUCGAGACCAGCAUCGCCCCCCCAUACUGUUCCAGCCUCCCCCUCACUCUCCCCCCUACUCUCCGGUCCCCCCAGCUCUCCCGGCGCCCCCUCCCCCACAUCCGCCACGCCAUCCCUUCCCCCCCCCACCUCCGACACCUCCCGCACCGCCUCCUCCGCUCCUGGCGCGUCCGCGUCCUCCCCCCCAACCUCCCCGCCUCCCCCCGAUGCUUCCGCGCCCGCGCUGAGCACUCCGCUGAUUGCGGUGAUUGCGGUGGCGGCGGCGCUGCUGCUGCUGCUGGUGACGCUGUGCGCGGGGAUGCUGGGCAUGCGGUACUGGCGGGGGAAGGGGGGAAGCGGUGGGCGCAAGGGUGCCGCUGCUGUGACGUCGCAAGUCCUCCCUUCCGUCGCCCCUUCCCCCCACACCUCCGCCGCCUUCUCCGCCACCUCCGCCACCUCCUCCGCUCCCUACUCUUCCGCCACAGAAAACGCAGCAGGGGGAGGGUAUUCCGCCGCGUUGGGGGGAGCAGGCGGCGCAGCAAGCGGGAGUGGGGGAGGAGGAGGAAGCGGGUGGGGGAGCGGAUCAGGGCGGAACAUGGGAGGGGGCGGAGGGGAUGUGGUAUUGAAUCUGGGCGCGUGGGCGGGUAGCAGUGGCGGAAGGAGCGGGAGUGGCGGAUUGAGCAUGGGGAGCGGAAGCAUGGGUUCGGGCGGAAACAUGGGGAGCGCGGGCGCGGGCAUGAGCGGAAUGGUGAUGCGCAUGGACGUGAUCCGCGCGGCGACGGGGGGGUUUGCGGCGGAGAACAUCAUUGGCAAGGGGGGCUUCGGUACCGUGUAUAAGGGCGAGUUGGCGGACGGCACGGGGGUGGCGGUGAAGCGAAUGGAGGUGCAGCAGCUGGCCAAGAAGGGCGACUCGGAGUUCCAGGCGGAGAUCGAGGUUCUCUCGUCGGUGCGCCAUCGCCACCUGCUAGGGCUACUGGGCUAUGCCGUGGAGGGUAACGAGCGCGUGCUGGUGUAUCAGCUCAUGGCGCGCGGCCCGCUCAGCCGCCACCUCUUCGACCACCGCCGCCUCGCGCUGCCGCCGCUGACGUGGCGCGCGCGCGUGUCCGUGGCGCUGGACGUGGCGCGCGGUGUGGAGUAUCUACACUCGCUGGCGCACACGUCGUUUAUUCACAGGGAUCUGAAAGCGAGUAAUAUUCUGCUGGACGAGGGCAUGCGCGCGCGCGUGGCGGAUUUCGGGCUGGUGAAACACAGCAAGGGCGACGGAAUGCAGAGCAUCGAGACGCGCAUCGCGGGCACGUUUGGGUACCUGGCGCCGGAAUAUGCGGUGACCGGGCGGGUUACCACACGAUCCGAUGUGUACAGCUAUGGCGUGGUGCUCAUGGAGCUGAUCACGGGGCGGCGUGCACUAGAUGACUCCAAGGCGGACGAGGCCGCGCACCUUGCCACGUGGCUCGCUCCCCUCGUGCCACUCCGGGACCAGCUCGCUAAGGUCGUAGACCCGGUCCUCUUGCCUGAGAUGCCCGAGGCGCAUGGCUCGGCGCAUGGGUACGGCGGAGUGUUCCCGUCGGUGUGUGCGGUGGCAGACCUGGCAGUGACGUGUGUGGCGAGGGACCCUCGGCAGCGACCAACAAUGGGGGGCGUUGUGGGCGUGCUGGCGCCGCUGCUGCAGCAGCAGGAGCGGGAGGAAGAGGAGGCGCGGAAGGAGCACAGCAAUCAGGUGGCUGAGGAGGACGUGAGUGUUGCAGGCAUCGACCUGGGAGUGAGUCUGGCAGAGGCACUGCUGCAGUGGCAGCACAUGGACGCCCAAGGACCAUUUGAUAUCCCCGCUCGUGCACGUGUUGAUGCUCGUUCGGACGGGUACCCUACGCCGUCGGUUCGGGAUUCGUGGAGUGGUGGGUGGGUGAGUGAUAGGAGCGAGAGUGGGAAGAGAGGGAGUGGGGAGAGGAGGGGGAGAGGGAGUUUCAGCGGGGGACUUGAUGCAGCAGGGGAACCGGUGAGCUGGACGAAAGGGGGGUCGUUCAUUAUAAAGAGAAUUGGGGAUCAGUUGGAGGACGUGCUUGUAGAGAAGGGUGCGUGUAAGAGGGGAGGAAGAGGGGACGAGGAGACCAAGGGUCUGCUGCUGUGCGCUGAAGACUCUCUGAGGGGUUCGGAUGGGUGUGAUGCAGAGGGCUUUGGAUCAGAAGCGGAAAGAGUGAGGAAGGGGGCAGGGGUGCAGACUCAGCAGGUGGCAGACAUUGGAGCUGGGAGGCAGAGGGGGAGAGAAGGCAGGGCAGCAGGCGGUAAGCUCAUGAGUGAAGUGGUUGUUGGGGCUGGUGUGAGGAGAGGGGGAGGGGGAGAGCAGGGAGGAGGGAACGUGAAAGGAGGAGUGGGAGGGGGCAUGUCGCUAGCGGAGCAGUAUGUGCGGCAGGGAUCAUGGGAGGGGGGGUCGUCGGAUGCGAGUGCGAGGAGUAUCCCCACGUUUAUCCUGCCACGCCUUGCACUGUCAGGCCGGUGA